AUGGUCUGAGGGUGAAGCUGCAGCUGAGCGCGCUGCCCAGCUUGGCUCCAGCUCGCUGCUGCAUACAUGCACCGAUUCAACAUGUGAGCCGCCGAUAUGAAGCCAUUCCAACACUAGUCGCUCCUUUCUUUAACCCCCAUUUGAAUCGCUUGGUUUGGAUAUAUCAUGUAUGGACUAUGGAUCGGAUCUGGACGCGGUGCCAAAUCCUGCUGCUGCUUCUGUGCGCUUUUUCACUGAGUUCAUCGCUGCGUGAGGAAGACGCGUCCUGCGAUGGAGCCUUUGACAUUUAUUUUGUUUUAGACAGGUCAGGCAGUAUUUCAAGCCACUGGAAUGAAAUUUAUAACUUUGUGGAGCAGCUGACCAGUAGGUUUGUCAGCCCCAGGAUGAGGGUCUCCUACAUUGUGUUUUCAUCCAGGGCAGCUGUGACACUUCCUCUAACAGGAGACAGGUCAAAAAUAGAAGAGGGUCUAAAGAAACUGAAACAGAUCCAACCAUCAGGGGAAACAUACAUGCACGAAGGCCUGAAAGCGGUAUCAGAGCAGAUGAAUACACAGACUUCCCCAUCAUCCAGUAUCAUCAUUGUUUUGACCGAUGGCAAGCUGGACGUCUACCCCUAUGAACUGAGUGUGAAGGAGGCUGACAAAGCCAGAGGGUUUGGAGCCAGAGUCUACUGUGUCGGGGUCAUGGGCUUUGAUCACAAACAGCUCGCCGAGAUAGCAGACGGCACGGAUCAAGUGUUUCCAGUUCUUUCCGGAUUUCAUGCCCUCAAAGACGUUGUCAACAAGGUCCUGAAACAGUCGUGCAGUGAAGUGUUUACAAUAGAGCCGUCCAGCGUCUGCGUGAACGAGUCUUUCAACAUAGUUUUGAAGGGGAGUGGAUUUAGCGGCAGCAAGAGGAUCGACAACAUUCUCUGCUCUCUCACUGCCAAUCAAGUGACUUACAAUGAGAAGCCAACAGUUGUCAGAGAUGGCCAUCUACUGUGUCCAGCUCCUCGUCUACAUGAGGUUGGACAAUCAGUUGAAGUGCUGAUUAGCCUGAAUAAUGGACAGUCCUACAUCUCCGCCCCCAUCGCCAUAUCUGCCACCACAUGUUCAGAUGGGACCUGGGUGCUGUGGUUGCUGUUGGCUUUGCUGUUGUUAGUGGCUCUUGGUUUAUUCUGGUGGUUCUGGCCUCUCUGCUGCACUGUGGUCAUCAGGGACCCCCCUCCUUCACGUCCCCCUCCUCCACCUCCUGUUUUUGAACCAGAGGAGGAUCCUCUACCGAAACACAAGUGGCCAACUGUAGACGCUUCUUACUAUGGGGGCAGAGGUGCUGGAGGAAUUAAACGCAUGGAGGUGAGAUGGGGCCAGAAGGGAUCCACAGAGGAAGGUUCGCGUCUAGAGAAAGCCAAAAAUGCUACAGUCACCAUGCCAGAGGAAGUGGAGGAGCCCAUUAUUCCUCACCCCCCACCAAGACCACCUCCUGUUUACAACCCCCCAUCCCAACCUAAGUGGUACUCUCCAAUCAAGGGACGCAUUGAUGCACUGCUGGCCUUAUUGAGAAGGCAGUAUGACAGAGUGGCCAUCAUGAGGCCAACGCCUCAGGAUAAGGGUCGCUGCAUCAGCUUUACCAGAAUUCGUUCUCACUGAGGUGAAUCAACUUUCACUCAUCUCUAGUUUUUUGCCAAAAAUCACAGACACAUCCUCCAAGAGAAGAAAGUCCACAUUCUGUGCCUUGUAAAUAAACUUAAUAACUAAAAUAUUUU